UUUCAUUUCACAGUUACUGGGAGGGGGCUUGCUGUGGCCUGGUCAGGAGAGUAGAGCUCUGGUCCAGCUCCGCGCAGGGAGGGAGCCUGUCACCAUGCCAGCCUGCUGCAGCUGCAGUGAUGUUUUCCAGUAUGAGACGAACAAAGUCACUCGGAUCCAGAGCAUGAAUUAUGGCACCAUUAAGUGGUUCUUCCACGUGAUCAUCUUUUCCUACGUUUGCUUUGCUCUGGUGAGUGACAAGCUGUACCAGCGGAAAGAGCCUGUCAUCAGUUCUGUGCACACCAAGGUGAAGGGGAUAGCAGAGGUGAAAGAGGAGAUCGUGGAGAAUGGAGUGAAGAAGUUGGUGCACAGUGUCUUUGACACUGCAGACUACACCUUUCCUUUGCAGGGGAACUCUUUCUUCGUGAUGACAAACUUUCUCAAAACAGAAGGCCAAGAGCAGCGGUUGUGUCCAGAGUAUCCCACUCGCAGGACGCUCUGUUCCUCUGACCGAGGUUGUAAAAAGGGAUGGAUGGACCCGCAGAGCAAAGGAAUUCAGACCGGAAGGUGUAUAGUGUAUGAAGGGAAGCAGAAGACCUGUGAAGUCUCUGCCUGGUGCCCCAUCGAGGCAGUGGAAGAGGCUCCCCGGCCUGCUCUCUUGAACAGUGCUGAAAACUUCACCGUGCUCAUCAAGAACAAUAUCGACUUCCCCGGCCACAACUACACCACGAGAAACAUCUUGCCAGGUUUAAACAUCACUUGUACCUUCCACAAGACUCAGAAUCCACAGUGUCCCAUUUUCCGACUAGGAGACAUCUUCCGAGAAACAGGCGAUAAUUUUUCAGAUGUGGCAAUUCAGGGUGGAAUAAUGGGCAUUGAGAUCUACUGGGACUGCAACCUAGACCGUUGGUUCCAUCACUGCCAUCCCAAAUACAGUUUCCGUCGCCUUGACGACAAGACCACCAACGUGUCCUUGUACCCUGGCUACAACUUCAGAUAUGCCAAGUACUACAAGGAAAACAAUGUGGAGAAACGGACUCUGAUAAAAGUCUUCGGGAUCCGUUUUGACAUCCUGGUUUUUGGCACCGGAGGAAAAUUUGACAUUAUCCAGCUGGUUGUGUACAUCGGCUCAACCCUCUCCUACUUUGGUCUGGCCACUGUGUUCAUCGACUUCCUCAUCGACACUUACUCCAGUAACUGCUGUCGCUCCCAUAUUUAUCCCUGGUGCAAGUGCUGUCAGCCCUGUGUGGUCAACGAAUACUACUACAGGAAGAAGUUCGAGUCCAUUGUGGAGCCAAAGCCGACAUUAAAGUAUGUGUCCUUUGUGGAUGAAUCUCACAUUAGGAUGGUGAACCAGCAGCUACUAGGGAGAAGUCUGCAAGAUGUCAAGGGCCAAGAAGUCCCAAGACCUGCGACGGACUUCACAGACUUGUCCAAGCUGCCCCUGGCCCUCCAUGACACACCCCCGAUUCCUGGACAACCAGAGGAGAUACAGCUGCUUAGAAAGGAGGCGACUCCUAGAUCCAGGGAUAGCCCUGUCUGGUGCCAGUGUGGAAGCUGCCUCCCAUCCCAACUCCCUGAGAGCCACAGGUGCCUGGAGGAGCUGUGCUGCCGAAAAAAGCCAGGGGCCUGCAUCACCACCUCAGAGCUGUUCAGGAAGCUGGUCCUGUCCAGACACGUCCUGCAGUUCCUCCUGCUCUACCAGGAGCCCUUGCUGGUGCUGGAUGUGGAUUCCACCAACAGCCGGCUGCGGCACUGUGCCUACAGGUGCUACACCACCUGGCGCUUCGGCUCCCAGGACAUGGCUGACUUUGCCAUCCUGCCCAGCUGCUGCCGCUGGAGGAUCCGGAAAGAGUUUCCCAAGAGUGAAGGGCAGUACAGUGGCUUCAAGAGUCCUUACUGAAGCCAGGCGCGGUGGCUCACGUCUGUAAUCCCAGCCCUUUGGGAAGCUGAGGCAGGCAGAUCACCUGAGGCUGGGAGUUGGAGACCUGCCUGGCUAACAAGGCGAAAUCCUGUCUGUACUAAAAAUACAAAAAUCAGCCAAACAUGGUGGCAUGCACCUGUAAUCCCAGCUACUCGGGAGGCUGAGGCACGAGAAUCACUUGAACCCGGGAGGCGGAGGUUGUAGUGAGCCCAGAUUGUGCCACUGCACUCCAGCCUGGGAGGCACAGCAAACUGUCUCAAAAAAAAAAAAAAAAAAAAAAAAAAAUGAGUCCUUACCAAUAGCAAGGGCUGCAGUAGCCAUAGUAACAUGAGCCUUACCAGCGACUUGAACUUCACCUGCAAAGCUCUGUGGCCACAUUUUCAGCCAAAGGGAAAUGUGCUUUCAUCUUCUAUAGCUCUCUGUGUCUGAGAGCAAAGUGACCUGGUUAAACAAACCAGAAUCCCUCUGCAUGGACUGAGAGCAAAGAGAUUGAGAUGUAAGUCUCAACUCUGUCCCCAGGAAGUUGUGUGACCCUAGGCCUCUCACCUCUGUGCCUCUGUCUCCUCGUUGCCCAACUACUAUCUCAGAGAUAUUGUGAGCACAAAUUGAGACAGUGCACAUGAACUCUCUUGUUAAUGUGUAAAGAUCUACAUGAAUGCAAAACAUUUCAUUAUGAGGUCAGACUAGGAUAAUGUCCAACUAAAAACAAACCCUUUUCGCCCUGGUUGGAGAAUGUGGAGGACUAAAGGUGGCCACAAAUUCUUUGAUACUCAAGUCCCCCAAGACCUAAGGGUUUUAUCUCAUCCCCUUGAGUAUGGGUGGCUCUGAUUGCUUUAUCCAAAAGUGGAAGUGACAUUGUGUCAGUUUCUGAUCCUGGUCUUAAGAGGCUGACAGCUUCUACUUCCUGUCCCUUGGAACUCUUGCUAUCAGGGAAGCCAGACUCCAUUUAAAAGUCUGCCUAUCCUGGCCAGGUGUGGUGGCUCACACCUGUAAUCUCAGCACUUUGGGAGACCAAAGUGGGCGGAUCACUUAAAGUCAAGAGUCUGAGACCAGACUCGCCAACAUGGUGAAACUAUAUCUCUAAUAAAAAUACAAAAAUUAGCUGGGCAUUGUGCGAGCACCUGUAAUCCUAGCUAUCAAGAGGCUGAGACAGGAGAAACACUUGAACCUGGGAGGUGGAGGUUGCAUUGAGCUGAUAUCGUGCCACUGCCCUCCAGGCUGGGUGACAGAGCGAGACUCCAUCUCAAAAAAACACAAAAGUCUGCCUAUCCUGAGACUGCCCUGCUGUGAGGAAGCCCAAGCAGCCACGUGGACAGUGCCUGACCAGCCCCAGCUUUCAAGUCAUCCAAGCCCAGUCACCAAACAUGAGAGAGAAGAAGCCUUCAGGUGAUUCUGGACUCUACUAACAUAUGACUGAUACCGCAUGAUACAUCCCAGGUGAGAACUGCCCCAUAAAUCCAGAAAACCACGUUGCUAUCUUAAGUCCCUAAGUUUUGGGCUUGUUUGUUCCACAGCAACAGAUAACUGGAACAGAGAGCAAGCCUGACGAAUGGGCACACAGACUCAGCCCAUACCUUCCCUGGUUCUAAUGUUCUUAGGGAGCCCGGACCAACCCUGGAACCCUCAGGAACUUAGGCUUCCACUGGACAGUUCUAGAAGGGCUAUAGACCAAAUCAGGUAACUCACCAGACCAGCCUUGGAAUCUAUUAAAUCUAACUGCUGAGCUACCCAAUGCAUUCCAAUCCUCAUCACGGUCCUUUGACUGAAGGCCGGGCGCAGUGGCUCAUGCCUGUAAUCCCAGCACUUCGGGAGGCCGAGGCGGGUGGAUCACCUGAGGUCAGGAGUUCGAGACGAGCCUGGCCAACGUGGUGAGACCCUGUCUCUACUAAGAAUACAAAAAUUAGGUGGGUGUGGUGGCACACACCUGUAAUCCCAGCUACUUGGGAGGCUGAGGCAGGAGAAUCUCUUGAACCUGGAAGGUGGAGGUUGCAAUAAGCCGAGAUAGUGCCACUGCACUCCAGCCUGGAUGACAGAGCAAGACUCUGUCUCAAAAAACAACAACAACAACAACAACAACAAAACAAAACAAUUCUAUGACUGAAAGUGACUUAAAAGCUGCCUUUAUGCCAUUAACACCCUGUACUUUGCAGCCAAUCAGAAGUGACGCAGUCUGGGUGUUAGCUGCUUCAAAAGCAACCCACACCACACCUUUACUAUUUCCAUACAUCAACUGCUGAGAAUAUGAAAAUGCACAGUGACAGGUUUUAGGAUCCUGCUUCAGGAUUUCCUUUUCCUGGUUUGGUCACUAGAGUUGGCUAUUUAUCUGUUUCUAAACAACAGCCAUUUUAUCGAAUAGUUUAGAGACCACUAUUAAAUGUUGUGACUGAUGAAGGAUCUGUGAAUUUUUUUAUACAUAUUCUAAGAGUUACCAUUUUGAUACCUUUUAAAAACCAGCAGCUUUCUACUAUAUUCAUGUAAAACAGCAUGAAUAAAAACGUUUUUUGGUACAGGGUUUUACCUGGCUUUAAACUCAGGAACCAAGUUAAUUAUGCCAGAUUGAACUUUGAUUUUUACUACCUUUUCAAAUAUAUUUUAAAAAGUGGAUUAUUAUAUAUGAUUUCUUUGGAGCUGACAUUUCUUUACUUCACGAAUUCUAUGUCACUGUUACAGGUUGCCAUUCUGAUGGCCUCUGGGCCUUUGUACCUUUGUUUUUGUGCCUUAUUCCUAGUAUGUUUCUAUCACCUUAAUGAGGCCGCAGAUGGAGUCAGAAUGUGAAAUUACAAAUAAUCACUGGAUCCAUCUACUGUUUUCCUUCACCUUCCCCACUGAUGGUCUGGGCGAGAGAGUGAUGUGUCACUUCAACUGUGUGUAAUAUGUCAGACACGUCCUACAAUAACAGGCAUCAUAUUUGUAUUCUUAUUUUUAGUUUACUGUAGAAAAUAAUGUCAUCGCCAAAGGUGAUGAGAGUCACAUUUUGUAGGAUCUGUUUUCUUAUACUUAAAGACAGACUUCUGUUAUGGUAAUUGCCAGUAUUCAUGGCUUCCUCUCUGCCUCAGAAGAGAAGGGAUCUGCUUUCUCUUGGCUGAUUUCACAUAGUAUUGGUAAUAGACUUGCAUUUCUCUUUCUAAAGGGGAAUAACUUUUUAAACCCUUCCUGAUUUUAGCCUGGCAAUGUAAGUGUCCUUAAUGUGACUGUUUUGAUAAUUAAAAAAAGAUAUAUAAUUUGUUUAUUUAAAUCUUCAUUUCCUUUCUUUUCAGAAGGUCCUCAAAUCACUGUUAACUCAUUCAUUGACGCAUUCAUUCAACAACUAUUCAAUGAGGCACUUUCUAGAGACCAAGGAAAAAUAAGGUUGCCGGUCUCAUAGAGAUAUGAGAAGAUGGAAAUUAAUCAAAUAAUUCAAGCAAAUAGAAUCUUGCAGCUUGUGCUGAGUAGCAUGGUGAAAAGGCAAAUGAUGGCAUGAGAGCUUAUAGUAGGGGAAUUUGGCCUAUUUGGAGAGAUCAGCCUACCUGAGGAAGGAAUGUUUUAGCUAAAAUCUGAAGGAUGAGUAUUACUUAACUAGUGAAUGGGGGAGGAAAGAGCAUUCUAGGCAGAGAACAGUAUGUGCGAAGGUCCUGGGGCAGGAAAAGCACAGCAGGUUUAUAGAACUUAAAGGAGACCUGUAUGACUGUGCCAUAAACAGUACAGGGAAGUAAGGCAUGAGUCACAGUUGGACAAGCAGGCAGGGGCUAGGCUGCCUGGAGCCUGUGCGCCACAGUAGAGUUUGUCUUUAUCCUAAGACCUGAGCCACAUAAGGGUUCUAAGCAGGAAUCUGGUAAGAUCACAGUUAAUUUUAAUUUUAUUUUAUUUAUUUAUUUAUUUUUGAGAUGGAGUCUUGCUUUGUUGCCCAGGCUGGAGUGCAGUGGCUCAACCUCAGCUCACUGCAACCUCUGCCUCCUGGGUUCAAGCGAUUCUCCUGCCUCAGCCUCCCGAGUAUCUGGGAUUACAGGCGCCUGCCACCACACCCAGCUAAUUUUUGUAUUUUUAGUAGAGACAGGGUUUCACCAUGUUGGCUAAGCUGGUCUCGAACGCCUGACCUCAAGUGAUCCACCGGCCUCAGCCUCUCACAGUGCUGGGAUUACAAGUGUAAGCCACCACACCCAGCCAUAUUAAUUAUUUUAUUUUAUUUAUUUUGAGACAGAGUUUCACUCUUGUUGCCUAGGCUGGAGUGCAAUGCCACUAUCUCAGCUCACUGCAACCUCCACCUCCUGGGUUCAGUCAAUUCUCCUGCCUCAGCCUCCUGAGUAGCCAGGAUUACAUGUGUGCCACCAUCAUGCCUGGCUAAUUUUUGUAUUUUUAGUAGAGACGGGGUUUCUCCAUGUUGGUCAGACUGGUGCCAAAUGCCUGACCUCAAGUGAUCCGCCAGCCUCGGCCUCCCAAAGUGCUGGGAUUACAGGCGUGCGCCACGGCGCCCAGCCACCAAAUUAAUUUUUAAAGAUCACUGUGAUCGCUGUGUGGAAAAUGAGCUAGGAGUAGUGUUGGAUAUAGUUUUUGUUUUUGUUUCAGUCUUUCCCUACUCCAUGAAACAUUUGCACUAUAUAUGCGGCCAAAGGGAAUGUUUCUCUUUUCUCCCUUCCCCUUCCUCUUGGGAAGUCACCAAAAAAAAAAAAAAGGAAAGAAAAGAAAAAAGAAAAGAAAACAUAUCAACAGCAAGAGAAAAGGAGGAAAAGCUGUGGUGGCCUUCAAUUUUGGAAUGGCCCCUGUCCCAAGCUGGCAGGGGUGAGGCUGUGUGUUGAGCUUCAGAUCACAGGAAGAAGUGCACCAAAUCAGGAGACGAAGGGCAGUCAGCAGGACCCACUGGGUACCCACCCUGUAGUGUAAGGCCUAAAAUCAAGCUCUAAUAUGAGGUGCUGCCUUGACAUCAGGUGAAAUCAGGAGCACCUGGAAUAGCCUCACCCCAAGUUUCUCUCCCAGUCCUCCCUUGGCAAAGGGCGCCCAGUGAAACAGCCUUCCUUAUCAAAAAGACCAGAUGCAGUUCCUGCUAAUCCCUGAGCGGCAGGUGUGAGUCUCCUGCCAACCCAUGGAAUUGUCCAAAUGAGCCAGUCACAUCCUCCGGGGAACCAGGGCCUCCUCACCCUCUUGGCGCUACAAAGCCUGCCCCCUACUGGCCCUGGUUGUUCACUCUGUUUCUGUGUAGCCCUGCAUGGCAUGUGGGGUCUUCCUCCCCGAGCUGUGUGUGUGGCCAAAAACUGCUGCCAAUCUUAUUUGCCCAGUGUUGGGUGUCAUGCGUUCAGCCACCGCCAUAACCCUGGGGUGGGAACUGGGAAUCCCUCCCUCACCACUGAGGUAAAGAGGUUAUUAAAACAUCCCUAAUUCGGCUGGGUGCGGUGACUCACGCCUGUAAUCCCAGCACUUUGGGAGGCUGAGGUGGGUGGAGCACCUGAGGUCCGGAGUUCGAGACCAGCCUGGCCAACAUGGUGAAACCCUGUUUCUACUAAAAAUACAAAAAAUUAGCCGGGCAUGGUGGCGGGCGCCUGUAAUCCCAGCUACUUGGGAGGCUGAAGCAGGAGAAUCGCUUGAACCCGGGUGGCGGAGGUUGCAGUGAGCCACGAUUGCACCACUGCACUCCAGCCUGGGCAACAAGAGCGAAACUCUGUCUCAAAAAAGAAAAAACACCCUAAUUCCAGGCCAACCAGCAGCCCUAAAAAAUUAAUCUUGGUUUGGCUUCUGCCCAAAGUCAUGGUCUACACAAAGCCCUGCCUACUAGAGGCAAUAAGGAACCAUGACCACCACCCCCAUUUAUUCAAAUUACCACUGGAAUGCACCGGGUGGAGUUUCACCCUCUGCUGCUUAUAUGUUUCUCAACCCAUGUUCUAAUCCCAUGCAGUCGUCAUUCAAGAAUCCCUGAGGAUCCCCUGACUCAACUUCUCUUUUUUGAAUAGAUUAGAAGUUCCUAUUUUCUUUGACUUUUACUGUGACUUUUCAGCUUCCUGUUUUCCAUUCCUGAGGGCUAUGAAUCAUAUUUCCAAAAUAAAUGACGAUCUAUGGAGAGGAUUUUGCAUUUCCAACAUCCUUAGCUAACUUUAAUGAAUUAUCAUGGUCACAUGAUCCUAAGGCUUCAGAAAUCAGAGGAAGUGGCUGACACUGGCUUACCAUUUUAACCAAAUAAUCACCGCACUUAAGCUUGGAUAAGGGUCAACUAAAACUAACAGGGCUCUUAUGCAAGCCCUUCCAGUCUGGUAAGUUAUGAGUAUUUAUGUUUUAUUUCCCCAAAAAAACAAUAAGACCCUCAGAGGCAAGGAACUCAUCUUGGUUUUUGUCCCUUACACACCUAUCUCAGCCCAGUGGUAUGGUGGACACUGGACAGACCACCUGGGUUCAAAUCCUGGCUUGGUGACUUAUUGGCCAAGUGGCCUGAUAUGAUUUGGCUGUGUCCUCACCCAAAUCUCAUCUUGAAUUGUAGGUCCCAUAAUUCCCAUGUGUUGUGGGAGGGACCCAGUGGGAGAUAAUUGAAUCAUGGGGGCAGUUUCCCCCAUACUGUUCUCGUGGUAGUGAAUACGUCUCACAAGAUCUAAGGGUUUUAUAAGGGGUUUCCCCUUUUGCUUGGCUCUCAUUCUCGUUUUGCCUGCCACCAUGUAAGACAUGGCUUUGCGCCUCCUUGCCUUUGUCAUGAUUGUGAGGCCUCCCCAGCCCUCUGGAACUGUGAAUCAAUUAAACCUCUUUUCUUUAUAAA